AUGCUUUCAUCAUUCGCACUCCGUAUAGCUCCAGUGUUGCCUAGAAGUUCAGUUUGCUUUCGUAGAAUAGCGACAACAUCGCCUGUCUGCGGAAACGGCAUUUUACAGAGGGGCAAAGAGAAUUGGCCACCAGAGAAAUUCGAUAAGUAUUUUAUUGAUUUUUUCAAUCGUCCGGAGAUUGAUGGUUGGGAAAUUAGACAAGGUCUCACAGAGCUGAAUCACUAUGAUUUGGUGCCAGAACCUGAAGUAGUCAAAGCUGCAUUACAGGCGUGUAGACGGGUGAAUGACUUUGCUUUAUGCGUUCGUCUUCUCGAAGGCGUAAAGAUAAAAUGCGGGUGGAAGAAAAAUCGUGAACUCGUUUAUGGGUACAUCGUGAAAGAGCUUGAACCGUUCUUAAAAGAGUUAGGUAUUUCUACUCCUGAAGAACUUGGUUUCGAUGAGCCGGAGUAUUUCAUCCCUCAAGCCGAAUGGUGGUGGGAGAAGAGUUGGUAUAAGGAUUAUGGCUUUGACAAAAAGCUUGGCUAUGAAAACGUAUGA